AUGGCCAGGCUCAACGAACCCCCCGCGUCCUCGGACGGCCUCGAAAUGCUUCGCAAGAAAAUGCUUCGCCAGAAUAGAGACCUCGCCAAGUCCAACAAUUUUCGAGCACUGCGUAUCCGAGAGCUGGAAAACGAAUGUGCCUGCAUGCUGUCCGAGAAUUUAGAGCUCCGCGGCCGCAUCCUGGAGCUCGAGAAGCAAGUUGAGGAUAAUGAGGCACGGAGGAUAGCAGACCAUGCGAUGGCAAUCAGGAACAAGCUGGAGUCGCAGCUUGCCGAAUGGGGUGCCCUUCUCGCCGGACUCGGCCUCGAGCCGCCCAUGAAAAAGCACUCGCCGCAGGCUCGAAAGUCGACAGCCAAAAGGCUGACCUUCAGCUCCAGUCGGCCGAGCCCUUCGCAAAGAAGACUGCGUAAUGUCGCGAGGGAUAUCGAAGAGCUUGGUCACAUAUCGGAGUCCAAGUCGUACCCUCGCCAGUCCAUGAACCAUGAACAAAUACUAGCACUGCGAUCCGAGGCCAGCCUCGCCGAAUCGGCCGAGUCUCCGGAGCUGGGCCCUCCUCCCAUGUCUACAUUCAUCGAUGACGAGCCCGUCAAGGUCGACUCGCCAUGCAGAGUUUCUCCGGCAAGGGACUUAGGGACGAGUCCCAAGCGGAAGAUCGAACCGCCCGUUACCCUUCCCUCACCUUCGUCCCAACCGGCGAUAGCCGAGGAGCUCUCGGCGCCAUGUCCGAAGAAGAAGUCCGAGCCUGUGGCGAAACCCCCAGCCGAUCUACGGCCUCAGCCCAGCCAACCAACAGCUGCCUUGUCCCUUAAGACUGGGGCGAAGCGCAAGCUGGCUCUGAGGGAUGAUGUGGAAAGCAGCUCAACGCAACGUGUGACUGACGAGAACCAGCCUAUCCGAAGCAUGGUCGAUAAGCAUUCGAUCCGAGAAAAGGCCGGAGGGAAAUCCUCCAAGGAACUUGCACACAUGAGGAAGGAAUCCCGAGCCAAACAGAGCGGCACCGGAAGUACUCGACGGCCGCUCGCGGCCAAGAGCACAAAUAACGACGUCAGCUCCCCGACCAAGGCCUCAAGGUCGGCGGCUACGGAUGAGGUGGCAGCUGCCAAGGCCGACUUGGUGAAGCCCAAGGCUUCCAACGAGCGAUCCAGGUCUAGGCCAGCAGCGGACUUUCCGGUCAAGGCCGAGGCGAUUCCGAUUCCGGACACAAGACCACCGACUGUAGCCGUCUUGGCAGUGCCCGAUGCCGAACCAGCCCUGCUUUUGCCGAGUUCCCCCGAGCCAGCGCGUGGAGACAACAGCCACCGAGGGGACACGCCGCCUCCGGCUACCUUGUCGACGGGAAGGGAGAGUUCAAGGCCAAGCAGGCGGAAUACGACCGCUGUCAGCUACGCCGAGCCUAACCUUCGAGUGAAGAUGCGGCGGCCGACGAAGGAGCUGUUCGAUGCCGUCGCAGGCGAGGGCAAGAAUGCGCGACGAUCCAGCAAGGUUGAACCUGUGGACAAGCUGAAAAGUGAGUUCGAUGCGGGGGAGUCGUGGGACAAGCAAAUAACGAAGGAUGCUCAAGCUGCCGGGUCCGACGAGCAAUCCGGGACGAUGCCAGCUUCGCUGGCGAAGGAAAGCAUCGCUCCCGAUCCUCUCCCCGACUCCGUAGUCACCGACAGGCGCCGACGACCAUCAUCGAUGGCGCCGAAAGCAAUAGAGACGAGCGAUGAAGUCACGAGUAAAGCUGACCACUCCACCCUCUCUGCGGACACGAGCGGGUCGACCGACGUUGACGUCUACGAGUUUAUGAGCUCGUCGCCCCAAGUCGACAAAGGGACAGAUGGCACGGAGAAAAAACGGCCAGGCCGGCGCCAAACGGGGUCAAGACGAGCAUCGGCAACAGUCGACAACGGCCGGGAGCCCAAGGAUCGCGGCUCAUCAAGGAGGAGGAGCAUGAUGGUGUGA